GCAGAGCGAAUCAUCGGAACUACGAUCUUUCUGUUCCAAGGAUAGAGUGACAGAGUCUAGUUUUACUUACAUAAGAGUGCUGGGACGUGACCAAGAUCCUCACUUUUUAUAAAAAAUGUCUGACUACUUAGCACCAGCUGCAGCCAUUAUCUUGCCCAAUAUUGGAGGUCUAGCUGCUGGAUAUAUUACACGAGGAAAUAUUAAGACUUGGUAUGAGGGCUUGAAGCUUCCCUCAUGGCGCCCACCAAACAGAAUUUUUCCUCCAGUGUGGACCACUCUCUAUUGUACUAUGGGCUAUGCUUCAUACCUUGUGUGGCGUGAUGGAGGUGGUUUCACUGGUGAUGCUGCUUUGCCUUUGGCAGCUUAUGGUACUCAACUGGCACUGAAUUGGGCCUGGACACCUAUAUUUUUUGGUGCUCACAGCUUGAAAUGGGGCUUUGCUGAAAUUGUUUGCCUUUGGGGAAGUAUUGCUGGCACAGUCUAUUUGUUCCAUGGUGUCAAUGAAAAGGCUGCUUACAUGAUGCUUCCAUACUUGGGUUGGGUGACCUUUGCCACAGCUUUGACCUUUAGAAUAUGGAGAGAUAACUCAGAGAAAAAAGAGUAAAAUAUCCCCCUUCCUAUUUUGUUUGUUAAGUACAGCCAUGAACAAAAAUGCUUGAAAUUUCUGAUUAUAGAAAUGUCUCAUUGGUAAUGUUUUUAAAAAGUGGAUAGAUCAUGAAAAUAAAGUAUUUUUCUGAUCCAUUUACAUGAUUUAUAUUGUCUUAAGAGCUUUUUCACUGGCAAAGUUAUGUUAGUUGUGCAUUUAAUAAAAUAUAUUUGUGUAUUUCUCACUUGAAAUUUUAAAAAAUACUGAAAUGCUGCAAGGACUUUCUUCUUAUGCCUUAUGUUGUGACAUCAUGUUUGAAUAUUUUCUUCCAAAUGUUGAUUUACAUGACAGCCUGUUGGUUUUCGUAAUAGUUAGAUUUUAAAUAUUAGACAUUCAGUUUUCAAGUAUUAUUUAUUUCCAGUAGUAUAAGGAUCUAUUCUAUGGUCUGGAUUUAAAAUUUGAAAAAAAGCUGUUUGUUUUUAGAAAUAGUCAGUUAAGGUUUUGCAAAGUUAAAAUUCAUUUAGUUUGUAAUUUCAGUCACUCUGUGUUACUGUUACUUAUGUGUUAUUUUUUUUUUUUAAAUCUUGGUCUGGUCAUUGUUUCUAUCACAUUGAGCACUGAUUCACUUCUCAGAGUAAUUGUAUCAGAUUUUGUUUCUAAGAGAAAUGCCAUUUUGUGUGUAUGUGUGCAAAGAUUGUUUUGCUGUUAUUUGAAUAGAUUGAAUUGAUGGAGCUAUAUAUUUCCUUUUAAUCCUGUUCAUUUUGUGGAAUAAAGAAACUGGGUUUCAAUAUUAUGUACAAAUGCUGCUAUGUUUCAGAGUCCUUCAGUAUCUAAUGAUUAUAAAAGUGGUAUGUAUACCAGAGUCUGAAAUUUCUUCUUGAGUGUAUAAAGAGUCUACUUAGAUUUAAAGUAGUAAUAAAGUUAAGUAUUGUUUAUAAUGGCUUUACUAUCUUAUUAGCUAGUAUUUUGAUAUGGCUUUACUAUCUUUUGAGCCAAUACAUAGAUUAGGCAAGGGAUGUAACUCACCGUCAUUACAUUAAAAACAAAAUGUAUAUGCACACAACUCUUAAAAGGACACAGCAGGAUAGAAACUUUUUUUUUUUUUUUAGCAAUUACAACUUUAUUACUUUUUUCUUCCUUAUACCUGGUUUAUACUAUACUAUGGUAAUCAUACAUGGAGGUUUAAGGCUUUGAUUUACCUUAAAACUGUUAGUUUAUUGUUUACUUUUUUUAUUGAUACAAUUGUAAUUUAUGUUCAAUGUGUGCCGCUUUCUUUAUAAACAAGCCAUUUUACUUCUAUUUAAUUUUAUAUAUGAACUACUAAAUGAUUGUUUUAAGUUACUUUGUAGAUUUGUGUAUUGGAUUUUGGUAGUAUGAUAUUGUGUUAAUUCAACAUUGGAUCAUUCCAUUUAGAAGAUAAAUUACAAAAUGUUGGAAACUCCCUUUAAAUAAAUUUGACUAACACUCUAUAAACAUUCAACAAAAUAAAGACAUAUUAUUAAUAAGAAUAGGGACAAUAAAAUUGUAAUUGGUUGUUGAAUGUUUGAAUAUCCUUAAUUAGGUUACACCCAUCUUAAUAUGUCAGCAAAUGUAUGUCAUUGUGUUUUAAAAACAAACUUAUUUAGAGACCAUAUUGUGAAUAUAACUAUGUCACAACAGUAUUACUUUUUUUGUCAUAACUUUUUUCUUAUUAAUUCUUACAUAUGUGUCUUUAAAGUUUGGCCUAACACUUUGCAUUAGAAAUGUAAUGUUUGGUUUUUGCAAUAUCUGUCUAUCUAUGUGUCUGGAAUGUAUCAUCUGUUUGUUAUAUUCAUAUCUGAGUUGAUUCUUGCAACUAUAUAGUAAUUUUGUUUUGUAAUUUAGAUCAACAAUAAAUGCGAAGUUUAUCAUGAUAUCUACCUAUGGUAGCCUAACAACAAGCAAUAAUAAUGGCUAGUCUAUUUCUUUUUUCUAUGAAUGUAGUGGUAAUUAGAAAUAAAAUGUAUAAGACAUU